AUGGACCCCUCCAUGCGCGACGAGCCUCCCCAGGCGACAUUCACUGCACCACCUUCCACACCCAACCCCAACGAUCUAACCAAUAGUCUGAAUCGUUUGACAAUUGCUUCUGCCACUGCGACUCCUCUUCCAGCCUCUCCAUCCGCGUUAUCCCCGUCUUCGUUACUGUCGCCUCCGGAUGUCCCCGCGCGUUCUGUUGUUGAUCAGGCGCAUCCUGCACCGCGACGAACUACCAGUUCCAAUUCUCUGAGAGAUGAACGAGAUGAACGAGGGAAAUCCACCUCCAGCCUGAAAAAGCGAUCAUCGACCGCGUCGCUACGAUCUGCGCACAAUAGUGCAGGCGCAACUUCCCCUCGUCCCAGUCUGUCGCGACGCUCUUCUUCCUCCAAUUUCGCGACAUCUCCCACCUCCACAUCGAAUAUGUUGUCCAAAAAACCCCAGGAACAAGCUGCGCCCACCGCGGCUUCUGUUGCCGCUGAUUUCUUCCAACGAGAAGUCGACUUGCACCAAUCCACAGACCUCCAUUCCAAAGCCGUGGUAGUCGUUCAUGACGCAUGCUACGGCCAUCGUUUCUCGCGACCUCGAACCUCGAAAACCGCCUUAAGUUACAUCGUCGAACGGCCUGAGAGAAUACAAGCGUGUGUGGUGGGAGUAUCUGCAGCUUAUGUCCUCAUGGCCGGCCGACAUGCUGGGAAGCGCUUUGUGCCUCAUCCUGAUCUUGAUCUACAUCAGCUUCCCGCGCCGCCGUUCCAGAUCCGCAAGACGUCGCGAACUCUGCCGCUCAAUUCUGCGGCUGUUACCCAUGUGCACGGGACCAAGUGGAUGGAUGAGCUGAAAACCAUGUGUGACGCGGCAGAAUCAAGACUCGCUCUGAAUGGUAAAGAGUUGGUUCGGCCGCGCAGCUCGGGGAAGGACGGCGAAUCUGUCAAAAAAGCUCCGCUCAACGACGGCGACCUAUACCUUUGCUCCGAAUCCUUGAAUGCCUUUGAGGGCGCCCUCGGCGGAGUCUGUGAAGGCGUCGAUGCCGUCUUUAGCUCCAACACUACUAAAAGAGCCUUUGUCUGCAUUCGACCCCCUGGUCAUCAUUGCUCUACCUCCCAUCCGUCCGGAUUUUGCUGGAUCAACAAUGUACAUGUGGGAAUAACCUACGCUGCCAUGACCCAUGGCCUGACCCAUGCUGCUAUCCUGGAUUUCGACCUGCAUCAUGGCGACGGUUCGCAAGAAAUUGCAUGGGAACAGAAUCAGAAAGCAGUGUCGGCAGUCUGGAAUGCAGCCAACCACAAGAAAACGAGGGUCGGCUACUUCAGCUUGCAUGACAUCAACUCUUUCCCUUGCGAAUAUGGCGAUUUUGAGAAAGUGCGGAACGCUAGUGUGUGCAUCGAUAAAGCCCACGGUCAGUCGAUUUGGAAUGUCCACUUGGAGACGUGGAAGACCGACUCGGAGUUCUGGGAUACCUAUGCCGCCAAAUAUACCAUACUGUUAGAGAAAGCGCGCGCUUUUCUACGUCUGCAUACCGAACGCCUGCUUGAUAGCGCGCCCGGUGACACUCCGCCAAAAGCGGCAAUCUUCAUUUCCGCAGGUUUUGACGCGAGUGAAUGGGAAGGUUCCGGUAUGCAGAGGCAUAAAGCGAAUGUACCCACCGAGUUCUAUGCAAAGUUCACCGCGGAUGUUGUCCGGAUGGCGGAGGAAGAAGGGCUAGGAGUAGAUGGGCGUGUCAUCAGCGUCUUGGAAGGGGGCUAUAGUAAUCGAGCAUUGACCAGCGGCGUCCUCAGUCAUCUCGCGGCGCUGGGAGACACAACAACGAUGUCGGCCGCCAUCAACCAUGAGCGGCAAGUCGGUCUGGCUUCCGAGAUGUUUGAUCGCUUGCAUGUAUCAGACAGCAGCAAUGCUGCAGCUGAAGCACGGCGCACCCCAUCUCAUAUAGGUUACGAUAGUGAGUGGUGGGCGCCAACAGCACUUGAGGAGCUGGAGGCGCUUGUCUAUCCACCUCCUGCCGCGGCGUCAAAGUCAAAGUCUGCUCGCACCUACUUUGCACCAACGCAAUCUUUCACUGCCAAAGUCGUCACUCCCCCUCGAGAUCGAAAAUCUACUGGCUCACAGACGGGCUCGGAUGUUGUACCCUUGCCAGAGGUAGGCUGGGCUACAGCGGCACACGAACUAUCCAAAAUCCUUAUUCCCAGCCACCGUCAAACCACGAGUUAUCGUCCGGAAGAACUUAAUGCAGAAGCUUCACGUAUUCGGCGGGAGCGUCAGACCGCUGUGGCUGCCGCCCAGAGGGCCACUAACGCAGCAUCAGCAGCACCAGAAGGAAAUCGGAUGCAGCUACGUACGAGAAAGCCCAAAGCUUCUCUGCCUAGCAUCCCAAAGGUGGAGACCCCAAAGAAACAGGUUCCGAAGAGCACUCGGAGGAUUACUAUCGACCCUGGCGACCUGCCGAGUUCAACUACCGGUAGCUCGCCUGGUGUCAGGACAACUCGCAGGAAGAGCACAACGCCGGUCGCCUCUAAGCCUCCGGGUACAGCCGAGUCUGGCCCAAAGAAUUCGAGCUCGUCGAAUGCUGGGGCAAGCGAAACGCCCGUACAAUCAAGCAUGGCCGCGAGUAAUCGCCCUCUGGAGUCUACUAGCACCCGCAGGUCGAGUACUUCGUCACGCUCCACUGCUCUCAAACGAUCUGAGAGUCCCAAGGUGCCUCCUGUACCACGUGUGCCGUCUGGUUUUCUCUCAAAACCAGCCACUGGCGAUGAUCAGAAGAUCGUUUCGGACGCAACACAGGCGGCAGUGACCGAGAAGACGGAUUCCAGACAUGUAGAUUUGGACGAUUUGGCAGCUGGCGUGAAGAAAUUGAGCAUCAAGUUGAAGGUGCCUUCCCCUGAAGAACACGCCGCUCGCGAGAAAGAGAGAAAAGCCGCCGAGGAACGUCAAAGACGCGCUCCCAAGCCGACAACAUCCAAGAUGCCUAGAUCCUCCAAGAAACCCUCAAGCAUCACCGCGACCUCGCAUGCUUCUACUGCCAGAGGGACUUCUCACCCCUCGCCGAGCCCUAGCAUCUCUCAAAUGCCUUUUGGUCCAAAUAUAGCCAACUUCGACAGGAACAUGGAUCAAGUGAAGCAAGAGAGCCCAGGAAACGCAGCAGAGGAGCUCAUUGCAUCGUCUCCUGACCCGCUGGUGGAACCUGAAAUGCCGCGCUUGAGCAACGUCGCUAUUGAUCGCCCUCGCUGGGAAAGACCCAAGGAUGUGUCAGUAUCUGGUUCUGCCCCGAUGCAGGAGCCUUCCUCUGGCACAGCAACCUCGUCCUUGUUGGCUUCAGGAUCCCUGCCCGCUCGAUCUACGGUAUACUCACCACCAACAACCGCGCGUCAGACAAUGAAUGGACUUUCCUUCCUUACGUCCAGUGGCCCUAUUCCUUUUGCGGCGGCAAGCACUGUUCCCAAGGAGAACCAGACUUUAGUUAUGCAGCAGCCAGGGCUUUUCAGUCACAGUGAUAAUGCAGGGACUAGUCCUCUGGACCCUAUGCAUGAUCAAAACCAUAAACCCAAACAUUGA